UAUCACGUAAAGUUGCCAUUAAACCAUGUAUAAAAGGCCCACAAUCUCUCAAAUCUGCAGUGACUGCUGCUGCAACUCCUCGCUGCAACACCACCAUGAAGGUUCUAGCAAUUCUUGCUCUGUUCGGUGCCAUCGUGGCAUGCCAAGCCUAUCGUAAAAAGGGAUACGGAUACGGUGGUUAUGGAGGUGGCUUUGGAGGUGGCUAUGGCGGCCUAGGUGGUUACGGUGGCGGUUAUGGCGGUUACGGUGGCGGCUAUGGUGGCUACGGCGGAGGUUACGGUGGCGGCUAUGGCGGCGGUUACGGUGGCGGCUAUGGCGGUUACGGUGGAGGCUUCGGCAAAUGGGGUGGUUACGGUGGCGGCUAUGGCGGUUACGGUGGCGGUUACGGUGGUUAUGGUGGAGGCUAUGGCGGCUAUGGUGGCGGCUACGGUGGCGGCUAUGGCGGUUAUGGUGGCGGCUGGGGCGGAGGCUUCGGUGGCUACAAGAAAUUGGGUUAUGGAGGUUUUGGCGGUUACGGUGGCGGCUAUGGCGGUUACGGUGGCGGCUAUGGUAGCGGCUAUGGUGGUUAUGGCGGUUAUGGUGGCGGCUAUGGCGGUUACGGAGGAGGUUAUGGUGGCGGCUACGGUGGCGGUUAUGGUGGAGGUUACGGUGGUGGAUGGGGUGGCGGCUACGGUGGUGGCUAUGGCGGUUAUGGCGGUUACGGUGGCGGCUACGGAAAGAAAUGGUAAACACAUGACCCUCAAUUCGAUUGACACCAAAUUUUACUGUUUUACUAUGUUGCAAUAAAAGUACGAAAUCACUGCCA